AAUUCAAGAUAUAGUAUCAAAUUUGAUGUCAUGCUUCUUUGUCGAGUUCUUUUAUUAUUGGUCGCAAUUAUUUUUUUUCAAGAAAACAGCAAUUCUGAAUUAAUCGAGGAGUGUAGGCCUACCCCCCCCCCCCCACGAGAGAGAAAAGGCCGAGACUUUAAUGUACAUCAUCAUAGCUUUGUAAAAUCUCCUGAAAAGUUUUUAAGUUGUAUCAAACAUUUUCAUACCCCACCGACGGUUCUAAAAGUACUAGUGAUAAAGUUCAGUGAUUUUGAUAGGCAUAAUUCAAUGGGGAUGUUAAUUCCCUGGUUAUAGAGUACUUUUUCGGGAGCAGCAAUAUGAAUUGUUAAGACCAAAAUACGUUCAUUGUACAAUGCUCAUCGGAGCUUGAAAAUGAGGGAACUCCCUCGGCUUUUUGAUGAAGUGUGUUUUGGGCUGCCCACACAAAAGGGUAAAGUAUUCCCAGCUUUGCGUUGAGUAUACAUGCAUUGCAUGCGUUUUAAAUACUUUGCUAGUUCACGCACAGAUACCAAAAACAUCGGCUGCACUACUACCCCUACUACAUCGACAUGAUUGAACUGUGCUGAAAUAAUUAGCAAAUAAAACAUCUAUCAUCUGCGUUCAAAGGACUCUAGACAACACCGUGUUUGCUCAAUAGCCUCAACGUGUAGUGGGACGUGCAGUCGUCUGCUCCAGUUCCAAUUUUUUGUCGCUUACGAAGGCGGGAAAGAAACAGGUAGCUGCGUUGAGAUUGUAUCUGUGAUCGUAUCGACUAUCGUGUGCCGUUGGUGUCUGUGUUGUCGUCUGUCUGAUAGAAGUGGGUAUUCCCCUUGGAUUUAGGAAGACGUCGUGAUCAGUAUAAGUAGCCUGUAACCUCAUCAUAACCAAUGGCGGAUUUGGAUGAUUUCCAGCAGUCUGUGAUAGACGCCCAUAAUAAGCUACGAUCAGAGAGAGGUUUGCCUAACCUAGCAUGGGCAGGAGAUAUAACCACAUCGGCUAGUAACUGGGCACAGAAUAUAUCAGAGAAAGGAUACCUUCAAAAUAGUGAUAAUCAAGUUUUAGGAGAGAACAUUCUCAUGACAACAGAAGAUGUAAAUGGAGAUGAAGUCGUCUCAAGAUGGUUACAAGAAGAGAAAUUAUUUGACUACGAUAACAUGAGAUGGCAAAGAGGUACAAGUCGAUUCACUCAGAUGAUAUGGAAAUCGAGCACGGAGAUCGGUGUCGCUAAGGUUCCUCUACGAAAUAAAGAAGGGUUCGUGAUCGUAGCCAACUACAGACCAAGAGGUAACGGCAACAGACCCGGUGAAUACCAGAAGAAUAUCCCAUCGAAAAAUAAUAAUGAAUGAUGAUGUCUGGCGUUUGAUGGCAAUAGUUAGUGGGUUAUUUUGGGUGGGUUAUAUGUUGUUUUCAGAUCUUAUUUUAUAUUUAGAUCGCAAAUCCUGUCACAAAAUGUCACUAAUAAGCCAUGGACUUUGCUAUGAAAUGCGCAAAUGCCGUAGUAAUUAGGGUUUUGCCGAAAAGUAUAUAGAUAAUGAUCAUGAUGAUUUGUAAGACUAGUUGCGAUCAUCAGAAUCUGAUCAGAGAAUAGUUUCAAGAUCAUUAUACAUCAUUACAAAGUGCUGUUUAGUUUCUAGAUGCAAUGUGCAAGAAAUCUUUUUCAGAAUAAAACCAAAAGAUAUUCAUUUGAUAUACCAAUAACAGUUCUAAUGAUAUAAUACUGUAAUGUAUACUUUGUAGGAUAAUGCAUUGAGCUUUACAAAAUACAAAGUAAACAAGUAAACAACGAGAAAGGACGGGACGACUUUAACGGUAUUACCACCGGAUAUUUGUUUAUUUAUUGACCUAGGUAUCAUUCUUAAUCCAAUUUUUUUUUAAAUCAUCAUACAUCAUGCCAAUAGAAAUGUCACUUUAAUAUUUGUGCUUCCACGGUAAUUUUUAAUGGAUGUAUAUUAAUUCGAUCUUCCAAAGAGGACUUUACAACGGUGCUUAUUUAUAAUUCUUUUUAUCAAUCGUAUAAUUGACCUCGUUGUGCCUUGAGCAGUACAGAAUCUUAAUUUACUUGCAGGAAUAAAUACGAUUGGUUGUUAUACAUAUUAUACUGCACUCGGAGCAUUCUAACUAGAGAUGAUUCUCAUAUUUGUAUUAUCCGACAUCAAUUUGAAUACCCACACGGAAUUUGUUAUUUAUAAAACAACAUAAUAAAUGUUCAUCCUAAGGUUCGAAUGUAAAUCAUGAAUUUCAUUUUUUUAAUUUCUUAACUAUUUCUUAACCCAUGGCGAUCUAUAAUAGUUGCUGCAACAAUGUAUAUAAAUACAAUAACAUUGAUACUUCAAGAAUGUUUUGUAAAGUUCAUUAGGUCUUGUACUAUUUUCCCAUCGCCCAGUCUAGAUUGGGAAAGGUUUAUAAUCAUUCCAAACUUGUCACGAAAUUGUGUAUAUUUUGCAUCAUUUUUGUAAUUUUAUCAAAGUUAUGGUUUCAAUGGUCUUAUAUUCUAUUCUAAUCACCCUCUUUAUCAAAUCACCAGCUGAGGUGCUGAGUUUUAUUCUAAAUUAUUAUUAUUGUUAAUACCACGUUGCUGCUAUUUUACAUAUAUUUUAUUGAUUAUUGUAAAGUGACGAAUGUUAUUAAGACUCAAAUGUAAAAUGUAUAUACUUUGAAGGUGUUGUUAAAGCUUUAUAGAAUGGUUUUUAACAUUACUGACGAUAAUUAAAGUGCCCCCAUUCUCACCUGCGUUUUUAAGAAUACUCUAAAUUUCCAUGAAUUCGAAUAAAUCCAGAGUAACUGUGAAUGGUGACCAUGCAGCCCAACAUUAGAUUUAGAUUUAAACCUUUUUUUAUUUGAGUUCAAAGCUAAAAGAUUUGAAUUCAAAUCAUUAUAGGUUAAAAGGUAAAUCCUUACUAUUAAAAUCAAUCAACAUUUUGACUAGACAAUUCACAUCUGCUUUGAAUUUAUAAUCCUUUGAAAAAAUGGGAGUGAAGACAGUAUAUUUUGAAUUGUUAACCCCUGAGAAUAGGGGAAAAAAUAUUCAAAAAAACAAUGGACCUUUCUGCAUUAUACAUACUGGAAUUUUGAUAUCCUUUGGUUUCUCGGCAGAUGAAUAAUAACUGAGAUUUACACGAACAGAGAAACAGCUCUUCUUUUUAUGGAUAUAUACUUUUACACUUCAAAUUUCGUGGAUUUGAAAUAAAGUGGCGAGUCACAUUCUGAGUUUACAUUUGAAUCUUUGAUUCUUGAUGAAAAUAACAUAUCUUUAGGAUUUGAGUCUGAAUCCGCAGCUCGACUGGCCACUAUCUAAAGGAUCUGGAUUUAUUUUAAUCCAUGUAAUUUAUAGUGUACGAAUGCUUACCUAGCUACCGUAAUAAGAAGUAUUUCUACAUUACAUUAUCGGAAGCGAACAAAAGUCUUUCUAAAAUCUUCUGAAAUGUCUUCCUUUAUAUCUAGUCCAUUCAUACUGUGAUGCUUUAUAAGUAUUACUCAGUUUGUAUAUAUAGAAAUAUGAAAUUAAAUACAUGUAUCUCUUUCUCUA